AUGCCGUGUAAAGCAUGUCAUCUCACUUUGCAAGAAAAAAAAGAAGCAGAAGCUGCUAGAAAGCGCAAAUAUAGAAUCAAGGAAUUAGAAACACAAUGGCAACAGCGUCGUCAACAAGUGGUGUUAGCAGAAUCCAGUAUACCAUCAAUUUUAGAACAUCUACUUUCCGAUCAAGAUAAUAUAGCUAAAGAUUUGAAAACUAUGCUUAAUGGCGUUAAUCCUUAUGUGCAAAACUUUUGGCAUAUUUCCAAUAUAUCUGUACAAAACAUCAAAAACUUAUCCGUGCUUAUCCGUGCUGAUAUUCCUGGCCUUGAUCUAAGAACUUAUAACUUGCCAACUGCUUCUCAGAUCGCAGCAAUUUAG